AAUUGUUUUACUAAAAAAAAUUUAAAAAGAAAAAGAAAGAGAGAGGCUUCCCUGAGCUGUUGGAUACCGGAGGCAGAGUGUGUCAUUGUGAUCACCACCGGGUAACACCACUAAACGACACCGUAUCCAUCUUCUUCUCAUUCGUCACAAACCCCGCCAUGCUCGACUUAAGAAAACUCAGAUUAACAUUCACAUUUUUCAAUCUUAAACCCUCCCUAAACCCUAGAUUUCACAGCACAACAAAAACAUCACUUCAAUUACAACCAAAACCAAAACUUCCCUCAAAAUCCACUGUCAAAGAAGCCCAAGCCGCAUUACUAGACUAUCUUCAUUCCACAAGAAGCUUGCAGUUUCUAGACGCGGACAACAUGUGCAAAAACUCGCCUUUUUUCAUUCAAACCCUUGUUGAAAAAACCCUAAAAAACGAGAAGCUUGUAAACCCUAAGCGGUUGAUUUCUCGCUACUUGCGUUACCAUCCAAUCAAUGAAUUCGAACCCUUUUUCGAGAGUUUGGGUUUGAAGCCUUCAGAAUAUGCACCUCUUCUUCCUCGUGACUUGAUUUUUCUUAAUGAUGAUCCUCUUAUGAUGGAGAAUUAUCAUACUCUUUGUAACUAUGGGGUUCCAAGGUCCAAAAUAGGGAAGAUUUUCAAACAAGCGACGGAAGUUUUUAGAUUUGAAAAUGGGGUUUUGAAUUUGAAGAUUAAGGCUUAUGAGAAGUUGGGUGUUUCGUCUUCGGUUUUAGUGAAUGCUGUUGCUGUUAGUCCUGGACUUUUGGUGGGUGAUGUUAAUGUUGAUUUUGUGGAGGUUGUGGAUAUGUUGAAGGAUAUUGUUGCAAAGGGUGGUGAUGGUGGUGAUGUUGAUAGUGGUUGGAUUAAGUGGGGUUUUUUGGAUGAGGUUUCUUGCAAUUGGGGCUUGAUGCUUGAGCUCUUGUGCUUGCUUUCGGAUGCUGGUUUCAGUAAGGAACAGUUGGCGGAGAUUAUUCGUCGUAGUCCUUGCAUUGUUUUUGAGGAUUCUGGAGGUAGGACGCUCUCUAUGAUUGGCUUUUUGACUAAAUUUGGAUUGUCUGUGAACCAGAUUGCCCUUGUGUUUCUCGAGUUUCCGCAGAUUCGGAUGGUCAAGUUUUUAGCCAACUUGAGAGUGUGUCUUCAGCUUCUGACUGAAAUUGAGAUGGAAGCUGUGGAGAUUGGAAAGAUUUUCCAGUCUCACACGUUAUUCAUUGGUUCCUAUACUCUCAAGACAACAAAGAGUUUGCUUGGUUGCUUGAAUGUCGGCAAGAAGCGGCUCUGUGCCAUAGUGCAGGAAAAUCCUCAUGAAAUGAAGAAUUGGAUUCUGGGAAGGAGAGUUAAGCCUUUGGUUAGCUUAAGGGAGGAGGAAGAGGAAAAAUCAAAAGCGGGGAAGACAGAGUUCUUGCUGCGUUUAGGAUAUGUGGAAAAUUCGAAACAAAUGAAUACGGCAUUUAAGGUGUUCAGAGGUAAGGGAGCUGAACUUCAGGAGAGAUUUGAUUUUAUUGUUAAUGCUGGCUUGACACGUGACGAUGUUUGUAGAAUGAUUAGAGUCUCCCCGCAGAUUCUUAAUCAGACCACAGAUAGGGUCAAGAUGAAAAUUGAGUAUCUUAUAAAGAAAGGAUAUUCUGUAUCGGAUUUAGUGAGUUUUCCAUCUUAUCUUUCAUAUAAAUCUCUAAGAGUUAAACAUAGGUUGUCAAUGUAUAACUGGCUCAUAGACAAUGGGGCCGUAGAGCCCGGGCUUGCUCUGAGCACCAUAGUUGCAUGCACAGACAGAAUAUUCUUACAAAGUUAUGUAAAUCGCCAUCCCUCUGGCCUUCAAGUUUGGGAAGAGUUGCAAAAAGAAAUUCAUUGUGAAGAUUAAUGAAUAAUCAGAUACUAGCAUGCUUAACGAUUGUUUAUUCUUGCAAAUGUUUUUACCAAUUGAACUGCAAUUGGUAUUCUGAAACAAGAGUUCUGUGGCCGUGAAUUGGGUUGUGAUGUCAAAGUUUUUUUGUGUCUUGGUCACCACAACGUGACUGCAAUUGACCGCAAUUCUCUCCAAUAACAAAAAUUGCAAAGCCGUCACAAUUUAAAACCAUCUAGCCAGCCACCAUCAUGCUGUUAUGAAACCUACAGGGAUAACUAAAGAGCAGCAGCUUUCAUGAGCAAGCAUCAUAGGUGAUUGCCGAUUGCAAAUGUUUCUGACAUGACCUGUAGAUGGGAGACUUAAGACGAAUGUUGACUUAAUACGCCAUAUUCACUCUGAAAUUUGCAAUUUCUUGAACUCACAAUUGGAGAAUACAAACAGUUGAGAUUUGCACACAUAGAAUCUGGAUCCAGCAUGCAUGUACAUGUCUGCAAUUUGGCAUGAUUGUAUUAUGUGCCACUGAAGCCAUUUGAACAGAGAUUUAUAUCAUCUGUCACUUGAUUUUUUUGGACAAAUUUAAUGUUUAUAUUAGUUGAAGUCAAGAUUGUUGUACUUUCAAAAUGUUGCAGAGAACUCGAUACUUCAUCUAGUAGAAUGUUCAAUCUUCUCUGUACUGGUGAUAUAUCCACUGAUCCACUAUUAUUAUUACUGCAAUAAACUGAUUUAAACCAUGUAUAUUCGCCAUCGAACUUAAGCACGAUUGACUAAUUUUGUGA